GCUAAUUAUCAAGGAAAAUUUAACAGAGACAGACUCGUUUUACCUGCUUUAAAGCUGGUAAAGUAUACCAUACGAUUUGGAGGAAGAAUCGCAGAGAUAACGCCAUGGAAGGCAACGAAAGUGAUGAUCGCAAUUCUCAAAGACAUCUCAGCGAAACAUCAGAAAGGCAAGAUCAGAUUUUAAAUCUUCUUUCCAAAGCCCGAGAGCUUCAGGUCAGUGGAGAGCACUUUAAAAAUUACGAGCAAGCAGCGGAAAUGUUAAAACAAGCGUUACGCUUAGCACAAGAAACAUCGAACAAAGAUUCAGAGGCCGAGAUUUGCGGCAACCUGGCUGAAGUUUUGCUCGCUAUGGAUUGUUUUGUCGAAUCUCUCUCUUACGGGCAGAAAUGCCUUUCCCUUUCCAACGAGGCAGGUCGUAAAGAUCUUGAAGCAUUAGCCAAUUCCUAUGUUGGAAGUGCCUACUCAAAGCUAGGAGACUUGACCAUAGGCCUUGAAUUCCAUAAGAAAUCCCUAGAUGCUAUUUCUACCACUGAUCACCAGAAGCAAAGGUGGAAAUGCCUGUUCAAUCUGGGUACCACUUCUACAGAGCUUGGGGACUACCCAAACGCCACAAAGUUCUUAACAGAAAGUCUUACAGUUGCUACUGAUCUUGGCGAUAAAGCAGCCAUCGCCGAGUCCAAUGGAGGUCUGGGUGUCGUGUAUUACAAGAAGAGACAGUAUCCAGAAUCCAUUUUCCACAACGAGAAGCAUCUAACAUUAGCACGAGAAGUUAGUCAGAAGAAAAGUCAGGCUAUAGCUCUUGGAAAUCUCGGUAAUGUUCACUUAUCGAAGGGAGAUUACAUCAAAGCGUUUGCACUUUAUCAAGAGCAAUUAAAAAUUUCCAAAGAGAUAGGAAACAAGUUUAUCGAGGGAAGGGCACUGGGGGCUCUUGGUGAUGUUUAUCAUUGUCGAGGAGAAACAAGAAAAGCGAUUGUAAAUUAUGAAGCCUACCUUCGUAUCGCAGAAAGUCUAAACAGCAAGUCAGCGCAAGCAAAUGCCAUUGGAAAAAUUGGAAGAGCGCAACACUCCCUAGGAGAAAACAGAAAAUCACAGAAAAAUCUUGAAACGCUAUUAGAGUUAUCGCAAGAAAUUGGCGAUAAAGCCACCGAGGGCUUUGCGUAUGGUUUCCUCGGAAACACUCACAGAUCCUUAGGAAAUUUUGAAAAAGCCAUUUUCAUGCAAAAAAAGUUCUUAGAAAUCUCAAAGUUGAUCGGUGACAAGGCAGCAGAAGGCCUUGCUAAUGCCUACCUGGGAAGCAUAUACUACUCUCUCGGAGACCUAGAAAAUGCCUUGAAACAUCAUCAAUUCAAUCUCGCAAUAAAUAGGGAAUUGGAAAAUAAAGGAGGGGAAGGGCGAUCGGUUGAGAAGGUAGGCAACAUUCAUUUUGAGCGUGGAAAUUACAACGAGGCAAUCAAGUGCUACCAGGAAAGCCUCGAAAUCGCCCGUUCAAUAAGAGAUAAACCACUUGAAGGUGCCUCGUACGCCAAUAUAGGAAAUGCUUAUCUAGCCCUCGGUAUGUAUUUACAGGCUGUAGAUAUAUACGAAAAAGCCGUGCCCUUUGCUGAAGCAGCCGGAGAUCAGCGCAUGGUGGGGCAGAUGCUUGGAAAUCUUGGAAAUGUUUACAAUCGGAUGGGAGAUCAUGAAAAAGAGCUUGAAUGUCAUCAGCGACAUCUGUCACUCUGUGAAGCCUUGGAAGAAAAGCAAGGAGAAGCAACCGCUCAUGGCAACAUUGGAAUGAUCAAUUACCGCAUGGAAAAUCUCGAGGAAGCUAUACAUCAUAGCGAAAAGCAAAUCUCUAUCUCCAACUCCAUCGGAGAAAUAGCCGGUGAGAUGACAGGAUGCCUAAAUCUUGGAAAGAUUUACUUGAAAUUGGAUGAACUUUCCAAGGCAAUUGAGUUUCAGAAAAAAGCUUUAUGUUUCGCCGAGAAGAUGAAAAGCUUAGACAAGAUGGGCUCCUGCCACUAUGACCUCGGCGUUUCUUAUUCAAAGUCCAAAGAGUUCGAAAUGGCCUGUGAUCACUUGGAAAAAUGCACCCAACUGUAUGCGGAAGUGAGACGACUUCUCUUCGAAAAGGAUGUAUACAAGGUUUCUCUAAGUGACGUACAGGCUUCUUCUUAUCGUCUCUACACACAGUGUCUUCUGCAGCAAGAAAAGCACGAGGAAGCUCUACUAGUUACCGAACGAGCACGUUCCGCAGCGCUUGCUGACAUGAUGGUAGUAAAGUACGGUCUUCAUGAUCCAAAGGACGGGCAAAGAGAAGCUCUCAAUGAGGGAAGCCUCCGUGAAGUCGUUUCUCGUCUGGGAGGCCAGAUAAUCUACUAUGCUCUGUCUGGAGCUGGAAAGGAGAAUGUUGUACUAUGGAAUAGUCAAGGAAAUUCUGCUCCUCAGUUUGUGGGGGAGGCUAACAACUGGAAGAGUCUGUUAGACGAAGCGCUCUCGGAAAUGAAAGUUAAUGAGCACCCCGCGAAUUGUGAAGAUCGCUCGUUGCCAUCGCGAGAAAACACACGUCUUCUUGAGGAUCGAGAGAACGAGGAAGAAGAGGAAAAACUUAAAGGAGAUCUGUUGUGUUGCCCUCCAUCGAAGCGUAUCACUCCAAAAGAUCGAUCAAGUGCAUUGGAGAAACUCCAUGAUGUGUUGUUUUCCUGCACGUCGCCUGACCAAGCCACCUCAGACCUCAUCAUUGUUCCUGAUGCAGAGCUCCAUAGAAUUCCUUGGGCAGCGCUUCGAAAUGAAAACAACGAAAGCCUAGGGGCGCAACACAGAAUAAGAGUAUUACCAUCCUUGACAAUUAUGAAGGCGAUUUUUAAGUGUCCACCCGACUUUCAUGAUCAAAAAGGAGCUGUAAUUGUUGGGGAUCCAGAUGUUGGCACAGUGUUAUUUAAAGCGAAGAAGAAAGAGGAAUCGAUCGCAGGACUGGCACAUGCAAACGAAGAAGCGCAAGAAAUCGCUAGAUUGUUCGGUGUUGAACCGCUACUUGGAGAAGAAGCUACCAAGGCACGUUUCCUUGAAAAUCUUGACACGGCGGCCCUAGUCCAUAUUGCUGCACACGGAAAUUCUGUAACUGGUGAAAUUGCAUUCGCUCCACCCCCAGAAAAACGCAAGCCGGUACUUGAUGAAGAAGACGUUAUCCUUACAAUGGCAGAAGUGCAAAAUGCAAAGGUGCGAGCUAAGCUUGUUGUUCUAAGCUGUUGCCAUAGUGCAACUGGAAACAUUCGAGCCGAAGGUGUAAUUGGAAUCGCUCGAGCUUUUCUCGGUGCUGGAGCGAGGUCAGUUCUUGCCACCCUAUGGGCCGUUAAUGACGAGGCUACCCUGGAAUUCAUGCGCAAGUUUUAUCAGCAUUUAAAAGUCGGCAAAAAGGCAAGUGAAGCCGUUCGCCAGGCCACAACUGCUCUUCGACUCUCGCAAGACUUCCAGUCCCCGAGUCACUGGGCCCCCUUCGUCCUUAUUGGAGAUGACGUCACCUUUGAGAACUUGGAACAGAUGUGACAAGAUCAUAUAUAUGCACGGCAAAGGAAAAAACCCAGCCGGGUAAGACACUUUCCAAAACCGUUCGUAUACCAAAUUUAGAAGGAACAGUAGUCAGAUCUAUGCAAUGAAACAAACAAAUGUUGCUCGAAAAGGGAUUCUGAUAUGUAGUUAGAUAUGAUUGAUGAGUUUGUAGUUACUGUACUAUGGAAUGAAGCUUUUGAUUGAAAAUUUCUAAAGAACACUUCAUUUAUGCCCAUCAAAUCACUCCUCAGGAGCCUGCCAUCCUAUCUUCGAUCGACAAUUGUUUGGGAUGGUGUAAAAAAUUCCAAAAAGAAUAUGAAAAAAAUAGUUUGCACAACAUUUCUAGCAAUAUUAUAGUGAGGAUUCACAGCAACAUACAUGAAUCUAUUUGAAUGUCGACGAUUUGUCUGUGAUUUUCCUUUAUUAUUAAGUGAUUUUGAUGAACAAAAUGUAGCCUCGUUGUGUUAGUCGAGCAAAAAAAGAAAUACUCUGAAGCCAAGGUAACUUAGAGCCGAAGGUAAAAUAUCAACUUGAAAUAGAAUUUCAUUGUCUGAGAUCGAUUCCAUUGCAAUGGCGACUAGAAUUUGAGCUCAUUUUAGGUUGUGAGAAGGAAAUCUGCUCAAAGAAUUAAAGGAGUUGACAGUGCCACCUCGGGCUGAGAAAUAACACUAAUACUAAGAGUGGAAAUGAUGUAAAGAAAAUUGAUGUAAACUUUAUUUCUAGUUUCGACCUGAAAACAUUGCAAUGGAAUUGUUUCAUGAUUAGUGGAUUGGUCUUCAAGUUACUACUGCAACUAUUAUUUGUGCAAAAUUUAACGCGGAAUCUCGUUGCAACUCGUUUCCAGUUUGGUUUGUUUAUUUUUCAACUUUCGUUUAAUCAUUCUACAAGCCAUUCAGAUUUAUUUUUCAAGAAUCGGUUUCUUGUAGUGCCAGAAAAUUAUAGGG